AACAUUGCUGAGUUACUAUCUAUUUGUGUUUCAGGUGUUUUUGGUGAUGAUGUGACCGUGAUGGAGGGAGAUUCAGUCACUCUACUCACUGAUAUCACUAAAAACGAGCAUGACAAGUUGCUGUGGUAUUUUGAAGACACUCGCAUAGCUCUGAUCAAUGGCCGUCCCAACACGAGCUGUUUAUAUGAUGGUGAAGGAGGGAGAUUCAGAGACAGACUGCAGGUGGACUACAAGACUGGAUCUCUGACCAUCACAGACGUCACAUCUGAACACGCAGGACAUUAUGAAGCAGAGAUCAUCAGAAGCGAGAGUUCAGGAAAAAGACAAAGCUUAAACAGAAACCGCAAGUGCGACAGCACAAAAAUCACCAAAAAAAUCAGCAACACCCAUGAUGACAACAUAAAAACUUUCUAUAUUACCGUGACUGCUGCUCUCUCUGAUCAAGUCAGGAAUGAUGAAGAGCCCCGUAUGGAGAAGAGAGUCUUGAGUUCAGGUCUGUCUUCAGCUGCUGUAGCAGGAAUAUGUGCUGCUGUUCUGCUGCUGCUGACUGUUGUAUCUGCUGCUGCUGUGAUUUACUAUCGCCACAAGAUCUCCAGAAAUGCAGAAAGGAAGAAAAACCAGUAUAAUGAAUUGUCCACAGAUGAGAUUAUCCCAAAAGUGUGAUUAUAAAAUGAGAAAGAAUUGAUGCUGAAACAAUCUUCACUGCGACUUUAGAAGAAUAUAUUCAUGCUGGGUUUGGUUUAACUUGAGAAAACA